UCGAGUUUGACCACACCGGAAACUACCUAGCUACGGGUGACAAGGGAGGACGAGUGGUGUUAUUCGAGAGAAACGAAACGGUAGCAAUGCCCUCGCCUUCUCUAUGUCCUCAGGACAGACGUUUCUAACAGUCUGUCAGAAAAAAACCUGCGAAUAUAAAUUUCACACCGAAUUUCAAUCGCACGAGCCGGAGUUUGACUACCUGAAAUCUUUGGAGAUCGAAGAGAAGAUCAACAAAAUCAAGUGGUGCAGACGGCAAAAUGCCUCCCACUUCCUCCUCUCGACCAACGAUAAGACAAUAAAGCUUUGGAAAGUCUUUGACAAGUCAUUGAAGGUUGUCGCAGAGAACAACCUCUCGAGUGAACUGACUCCUGCGGGUGUCGGUGGUGGAGGGGCUCCCCGUGCGCCCCGUGUAUCGUUCAAGGAUCCCUCGAUGCUGAAGCUGCCCCGCAUGACACACCAUGACACGGUUGUAGCGGCUGUACCUCGGCGGACGUACGCUAACGCACACGCAUACCACAUUAACAGCAUCUCCGUCAACAGUGAUGGCGAGACGUUUAUCAGCAGCGACGAUCUUCGGAUCAACCUCUGGAACCUUAAUAUUCAGGAUCAGAGCUUUAACAUUGUGGACAUUAAACCUGCGAACAUGGAGGAGCUCACGGAAGUUAUCACGGCUGCAGAGUUCCACCCGCAAAGUUGCAACUGGUUCAUGUAUGCCAGUUCCAAGGGCACAAUCAAGCUUGCCGACAUGCGGCAGCGAGCAUUGUGCGAUGAACAUUCCAAGCUCUUCGAGCAAGAAGAGGAUGCCUCCUCCCGUUCCUUCUUUUCAGAGAUCAUAUCAUCCAUUUCCGACGUCCGGUUUUCACAUGACGGUCGCUACAUUGUGUCCAGGGAUUACUUGACCGUCAAGAUCUGGGAUGUCAACAUGGAAAAGCAACCCGUCAAGACGAUCCCCAUCCACGAGCACUUGCGACCGCGGUUGUGUGACACAUACGAGAAUGACAGCAUUUUCGACAAGUUCGAGGUUGUUUUCUCGGGCGAUGCGGAGAACGUGAUGACUGGAAGUUACAACAACAACUUCAUGAUCUACCCCACCGACCCUAGCAAGGAGACGGAGAUCGUACUGCAGGCGGAUAAGUCUGCUUUUAAGGCGAAGAAGGUUGGCGUCCCCACGCCGAUGAACAAGGGUGCAAAUGGAAAGAAGAAUGGGUCCAGAGCAGGCAGCCCUGUUGGCGUCGGCGGGCGCAUGAAGAAGGAGACCGAUGCGGAUCAAAUCGACUUUAACAAGAAGAUCCUGCACAUGAGCUGGCAUCCUUAUGAGGAUAGUAUUGCCAUUGCUGCUACAAAUAACCUGUUUGUCUUCUCUGCGUUGUAAGUAUGUGACAAAGUGGCCAUAUAUUUUUAAUGGACAAACAUGUCAUUAUGUGAUUCAAAGAUAAGACAGGUAUAAGACAAUUAAGGUUCCCUAGCAGCAGCAGUC